UGUUUCCCCUGUCGUGUCUAACAGCCCCAAUCAGCUGUGCAAGCUUUUAUUUGUUUUGUUAAGAGCGACGUGACAGCCCGGCGCCUGUUUUUCCGGCAACCAUGGCCAAGAGCAAGAAGCAAGUGCGCGAUUUCCAAGCCGCCAAGGAGGCUGCCGAGGCCACAGUCGCCCGGCUGGACACCUGCAACGAUGCCUACACGAGCGGAGCCUUCAAAUACCUGCGCUUUCUGCUGCACCUGCUGGCCGCAGCUCAAUUCUCCUACGGCAUUUACUACCACUACUUCCGGGUGCACUGGCCCAAGGACUUGGUGGAGGAGGACGAGGUGGCCGAACUGAAGGCCCGAUGGGGUGGCAAAUUCAAAUACCUCACCUUCCUGGACGUCAUCCUGCAGGCCAUUUACCACACACUGGCCCUGCUCAACGAUCUCUUUGGCGACAACACAGUCACCGCCGAGCCAAAGUCCAAGCUGAGAUCUCUGCGGGAUUACAUCUUUGCGGCCUUUGCCUUUCCAGUGGCCCACAAUGUUUGCCUGUCGUUCUGGGUCGUCUACAUGUGGGACCGUGAGCUCAUCUUUCCCUCGGCCCUGGAUGCAAUUUUUCCCAGCUGGCUGAACCACGUGGUGCACACCAAUGUGGCCCUUAUGGCCAUUAUGGACUUGUUCACCUGCUUCCGUCGCUACCCCAGCCGCCUGGCCGGCCUCGCGGGCAACUUCUCCUUCAUCCUGCUCUACAUCAUCUGGCUGCACAUUGUGCGUUACUUCAGUGGCGAGUGGGUCUAUCCGAUUCUGGAGGUGUUGCCCCUGCCGCUGCGCUACCUAUUCCUGGCCCUGCUGGUGGGCUUCAACCUGGCGUGCUAUCUGCUCGGGGAGUAUGCCAACACGGUGAUCUGGGGCCCAGAGUUCAAGCUGCUCAAGGAGCAGAAAAGCAAACAGGGUUAGGAAGAGGAAAGAUGUAUUGAGAGCUACUUUGAUAUACCGAGAUUUUAAGUGUAGGAAAAUAUGGCAUUAAAAUAUCGAAAUAAUCGAUAAAUAACUGAAAUUGUGUAUCUGUCUUCUAUCCAUGAUUAAUAGCUUUUUGUAAGGAUUUAAAAUCAUUUUAUUCGUCACACAGACAACAUUUUAAGAAUAUUUUGUAAAUCUUAUAAAGGCACUUUGAGAGGUACGAUCCAUGCAUGUACUUUGUAUCGUACAUUAGGGUACUUAUACAUAUAAUCUAGAGUCUAGUUGUAAGUCCUUGCCAAGGAAAACGCUCUCUCUAUUACUCUAAGCAUUUUCCUUGGCUUAAAUCAGAGGAGCAGAGUUUUGGAAAAUAAUAUUCGUAGCUCUUACAAUGUAUGAGUAUUCGUAAUUCGUUGUAGUCACGCUUGAUCUGUUCAAUAAAACAAUUAAGGAGCAA